AUGGCGGGCACAAAUCAGAUGAUACCCUUCGAAGCUCUCCCACUAGAUCCUACCGGCCCUCGCGGAAAUGCCUGGGGACGGUUCGGACCUAACGAUGAGUUGGGAACUUUGAACCUCCUCACGCCGGAGGUGAUUGUAGAGGCAGCCAAGGAGAUCAAGACGGGAGUACGCAUCUCGCUGGACUGGCCACUCAGCAUGCCUUCUUAUCCAAGCUUCAAUCGGAAUCCGUUUAAGCAGGAGAUCGUGCUGAGGAACCCGAACUGUGUUUUUGAUGACAUCUUGACGUUUAACAGUCAAGGCUCUUCUCAGUGGGAUGGCUUCAGACACUAUGCUAAUCAGAAGGCACGGAAGUUUUAUAAUGGACACACAACGGACGAAAUUCAGAAUUCGGAUGUGAUCGGUCUUCAUACUGUUGCUGAGCACGGCGGUAUGACUGGCCGUGGCGUCUUGUUAGAUUAUGCCGACUGGGCGGCAACAAACUCCGUCUCAGUCUCGGCGCUCGAGUCUGAAGCUAUCACGUUAGACAGCCUCAAGAAGGUUGUGAAAGACCACAAACUCGAGUUCAGACAGGGUGACAUUCUGUUCAUCCGCAGUGGAUUCACUGUAGCCUACAACAGCUUGAGCGAACAGCAACGGAUAGAGAUGCCGAAUCGCCCAAACCCGGACUUCAGCGGUGUCGAAGCCACUGAAGGGAUGGUGCGAUGGCUAUGGGAGCACCAGUUUGCCGCUGUUGGAGGAGAUGCACCGAGCUUUGAGCGGGCUCCGAUUCGUGGUAGCCAUGCGGACCCUGACUACAAUAUUCACGAGUGGGUUUUGGCGGGAUGGGGGACGCCCAUUGGGGAGAUGUUCGAUUUGGAGAAGCUCUCGGCGCAUUGCAAGGCUACAGGAAGAUAUAGCUUCUUCUUGUCUAGUAUGCCGCUCAAGGUGGUUGGUGGAGUGGCUAGUCCACCGAAUGCUUUCGCUAUUUUUUAA